AUGCGGAAAUUGAUUGGCUUCCAAUCAAUCAUCGCCGAUGAACACCGUUGCUGCCUGAGUUUGGUCACGCUGGGUGAAAGUACUGGACCCCAGGGAGACCGCGGCGCUCAGAUGGUCACGCUGGGAGUCCCUGUGUUCACCGCCUCUGCCUGGAAGGGGGCAGGGCCCGCUCCAGAACGCAGGCGACGACGUCCACCACUGGGCGUGCAUGUGAUGCCCGCCGACAGAAAAACAGGGUUGAAAAUGUCACCUCAGCAACUGCAUUUAAGUUGGAAAGAUCACAAUGGUGCGUUGGUGUCUGUUUUUGAGAAUCUUUUGAAAAGGAAUACUUUAGUAGACUGUACUCUGGCCGCAGAUGGUCAAUAUGUCAAGGCCCAUAAAGUUGUGCUUUCUGCUUGCAGUUCAUAUUUUGAGUUAUUAUUUAGUCAGGAGAGUGAGAAGAAUCCAAUAGUCGUUCUCAAAGAUGUGAAAUUUCAAGAACUGGAAGCUGCUGUUAAUUUUAUGUACAGAGGAGAAGUAGAAGUUUGUGAAGAUAGAUUGGCAGCUUUUCUGGAAGUUGCAGAAUCUUUGCAAAUAAAGGGGUUAGGCAGCGAUGGAAAAUCUGUUGAUGCUAGAGGAAAGUCUCCAACACCAAAGAGAUUGAAGGCUGCAGUUCCUCCAAAAGCAAAUUCCAGCAGAAAGGAAGUCACCUUCACGGAAAGUGAGAAUACUGUGGAGAGUUGCAUCACCCUUGACAGCGAUAAGAAUAGCAGUGAAAGUUCUUCUAACCAUCAUCUAACUCAUUCUCUAACUCAUAGAGAAACAUCAGACUCUUCCCCUAUUCCGUCUUUACCUGCUAUCGUGUCUUCCUACACCAUACCAUCGGCUUCUACCUCUUGCCCAGUUAGAGUAGAAACUAACCGUGAUAGAGAAAAACUGGAGAAGAAUCAGUGUUUGUCCCCCUCUGUGUCUACUUUUCAUUCAGGAGAUACUGUGCCAUCAGAUGUGAACACUGUAAUUAAAACUGAACCUGUGACUGAUAGUUAUUUGGAGGUAAAGUCGGAUGAGUCGGAGAGAGACUUUGAUGAUAUGACAAUGGAUGAUCCUAAUAUUGAAUCUAUGGGUGACGACCAUUCCUCAAUUCAGCAUGAUCCAGGUUAUUCUGUCACUCACAUGAAAACUGAAGACUCAACAUCAAAACACGUGGAUGGCGCAUCCCUAAUAGAUCAAGUCUCUUCAGAAGGUGAGUAUCUUUGUGCCUGGUGA